CGACGGCCUUGGCACGACUAAUCGACGGGAAGCCCCACCGCUCCACCUCGGCCAGUCCACCGGUCAUGAAGGGCUUUGUCCCACAUCGACUCAUCCCGCCGAGAAGAGUUUCCAGAAUCUCAAGAAUUGCAUGGUUGGCCCCACCGGCCGUCUCAGAGCUCGUCCGUCGACCUUUAUCGCGAAGGAGGACCGUUCUUCUCCACGGAGCAAGCAUCACGCAGAAUCUUAUGCGUCCAGCAGACGAGCAGCCGAAUCCUUCUGGAACCACUAGUCGAGCGCAUCGAUCCCGCACCGCAUUCCGCCCCUGACUCCGUCCAAACAAAAAGCAACAAAACAAUUACCCACGCACAGCCGCGGCCAUGCCCGGGGAAGGAAACACGACUUCACAGGCCUCCGCGGCCGAGGACAGCACGAAACCGCCGGACGCUGCCUCCAUGACGAGCGGCCACGAUGGCUACGACGCCGCGCAGAUCAUGGCGCUCGCUCGCCACCCGCCGCCAGGAGCUUCCGUCUAUUCGCCCACCGCCGCCCCAUCGGCCGCCCUCAAUCCGCGCAGCUGCGUGACAUGCAGGCGGCGGAAGGUCCGCUGCGACAAGCAUAUGCCGUGCUCCAAUUGUCGCAGAGCCCAGAUCCCGUGUAUCUUUCCGGCGCCCGGCCGGGCCCCUCGCCGCCCGCGGCCCAAGGAUCCCAAUGCGCCGGCCAAACAGCCGUCGAGCGAGCGCGAACUAGAGCUGAUGAAACGCCUGCGGAAACUGGAGGGUAUCGUCGAGGAACUUAGCGGUCAGAUCGAGAUUGAAUCCGUGCGCCAUCCUCUAAGCGCCGGAAACUCGCCGGAGACGCCGACGACAAGUCUCAGGGACGAACAUACCAUCGGGGCGCGUGCUGGGUUUGGAUCUCAUGUUGUUAGUGUCGGUAGCGGUAGUGGCACCACCAACCAUGACUCUCCAGGCGUCGGACCCGGCAUGGGACCAACAAGGCUACCGGCCCGGCCGACGUCCGAGUCCAUGUCUGAGCCCGACCUGCGGGGGCAAGCGUCGCCGGAUGUGCAUAGACAAUUCGGACGGCUGGUAUUGAACGAGAAGGGCGGUACCCGAUACGUCAGCAGCUCGCUGUGGACAUCGAUCAAUGACGAGCUCGAGGAACUGCGGAAGGCGUCGCAAAGCCUUACCGAUGAGGGUUCGGAGGAAUCUGAUCCGGACGCGACUCCUGAAUCUUCCGAACACGACAAGAGCUUGAUGGACCACCAUUCCUUCGUCUUCGGAUACCGCUCCGCCGACGUCGAUCUCAGACCCCUCCACCCCUUACCAUCUCAGAUCCCCUUCAUCUGGCAGGUCUACCAGGAGAACGUAGACCCAAUCCUGAAGGUCAUUCACGUCCCGAGCAUGAGCAAGAUCAUCAAGGAGCUGCGCCACAACCUAGACAGCCUCACCCCGUCGAUGGAGGCGCUGAUGUUCUCCAUUUACUAUGCCUCCAUCACAUCGCUUGACGAAGACGAAGUUAAACUGAACUUCCGCACGGAGAAGAACGUGCUACUCCAGAAGUACCGCUUCGCUCUCGAGCAAGCACUUGCCAAAGCCGAGUUUCUCAUCAAACCCGACUUUACAGUGGUCCAGGCCUUCCUGCUCUUCCUCAUUCUCGUCCGCCGUCAUGACGACACCAGAUUUGCUUGGACUUUGACGGGUCUCCUCAUCCGCCUCAGCCAGGCGUUGGGCCUGCACCGGGACGGGUCACACUUUCCCAACCUUACCCCCUUCCAAGUCGAAAUGCGCCGCCGGCUGUUUUGGGCCGUGUGCGUCCUGGACCUGAGAUCUGCCGAAGACCAGGGCACCGACCUCACCAUCAUCGACCGGACGUUCGACACACAGAUUCCGCUCAACAUCAACGAUGCCGAUAUCUCCCCGGACAGCCUACGUCUCCCCGAGCCAAGAGAAGGCACCACCGACAUGGCUUUCUCGCUCAUCCGCUACGAGAUAUGUGCUUUAUCGCGGCGCAUGCAUGCCGUCCCGUCCGGCAUCGCUCCGUCGGCAUAUCCCGACGCCUGCAAGUCUCUCGAGGAGCGCGAAGCAUUGCUCACCGAGGUCUACAACCGCGUCGAGAAUCGGCUGCUGAAGGGCAGGGACAGCUCCAACCCCUUGUACUGGGUGGCAUCUAAUGUCACCAAGAUCGUCGUUGCCAAGAUGACGCUGAUCAUCUACCAGCCCGUCUUGUUCCCAGGGCCGGGCAACGAUGUCCUUUCCGAAGACGCGCGCGCCCGUCUGCUCAACGCCGCCGUCGACAUCUUCGAGUACAGCCACCUCUUGAAUACCGAUCCGCGGUGCAAACAGUGGCGCUGGCUGUUUCAGACUUGGAGCCACUGGCAUGCGCUCGCUUACACGCUGAUUGAAGUCUCGCACCACCCAUGGGGCCCCAAGUCUGAGCGGGCCUGGACGGCGCUCAACCUGACGUUCCAGUCGCCGAACCCCGCAGAGCUCGAGAAGCUCGCUAGCCAUCACGCGGUGUGGAUGCCGCUGAGGAAGCUGUACUUCAAGGUAAAGAAGCAUCGCGAGGCCGAGCUUGCUCGUCUCCAGGCAGAUCCGCAGGCUGCGAGGGAGCUCGACCUGCAAGAGCAAGCAUGCACGCCUCCGAGGAGCUUUGGCGCCAUUCCCAGCUCCCUGAAGGGUGCCAUUGCGUUGGAUCGCUGGCGCAAACUGGUGAACCUGCCUAUCCGUACCCCGCCGCAAGAACCGACACAGCCCCACCAACAGCCCCACCAGCAGCAACAAGCGCAACAAGCGCAACAAUCGCAACAAGCGCAACUAUGUCAACAUCCUGCACACCGGGGCCCACAGGAAAGUCCAACCCCCCUCCAGCCGAAUAGCACGAUGACCCCGUUGCAGCCAAGCAGCAACACGGACUUUGCCAAACCCGAAGUAAUGGAAUUCCUCGACGCAGCCAUGUCGGACUCGACGCCUUUUGUCCUUACCGAUCUUGGGCCCCUGUUGUACCCCGGGUCUGACGACAUCCGUGCCGCAUUCUUCCCCUAUCCGACCGGCGACCUCGCACGGGCAGAUACCAGCGCCUCAUUCGGCUUCGAUCCAAGCGCUCCCACCCCUGGCAUCCAACAAAUAGGCAGGACCCCAACUUCCAUCAGCCUACCAAGCGCCCUGCCAAGCCACGUGUCGCAACAACGACAACAACAAUCUCAACAAACCCAGCAACAAACACCACAGUCAGGAGGGAUGGGUGUACAGACCGUGCCGAUGAAUGACGAUAAUAACCUGCCACCGUGGCUGUGGCCUACGACGAAUGGCUCGCCCGAUCUCUUGCGUAUCCCGAGCACGGGUGGCGAGGAUAUGGACAUGAACAUGGAUGAGGGCUUUGACUGGCAGACGUGGCAGGAAAGCUUGGGGCGGUAUGAGGUCGAGGCCAAUGGCGGCCGGGCGGGGAGUACCUGGGGACCCGGCCUCUAACUUUAAGUUCAGAUGGACAUACAGCAUUGGGCGGUGUUUUCUUUUUUGAUUUAGAAGCGCAUUCUGCAUACUGGUUGUGCGUAUAGAGGUAGCAUGAUUGAAAGCGGCUUGGAUGAUGGAUGCGUUAUGUAGAGGAUAGAUACCCGUCAAUUUGAGUUAAUCGCCUGUA